AUGUGCUGCGUUAUUGGCGUCCGUCCAUCUGUCAGUCACACAGUCUCGUCUCUCCGUCUGCCAGCAGAAAGACCACUACAGAUGGGACCCAAUCGUAUGAUAUUCAGCCAGGGUUGCGGGUGUAAGCGCAAUAAUGUACCAGGAUCGCGGCCUGGAGCAGGAGUAGCAACGAGGGUAAUGCCACCAGACAUGGCGAUUUCUAUGAGACAUACGAAGUUGAAGGCUGAGGAGGCAGCUAUUUUAGCCGGUGAGCUGAACAAACCUUCAUGGGAGUCCAGGAACGAGGGCAUCCACGAGAGGAUCAGCUUCGAAGACACGAUAUGGGGUUUCGAUCUAGCUGGUGGAAUAUUUUAUAAUACACCGUUGCGGGUCACUUUUGUAAAGCCAGACAGCAGAGCUGAGAAGGCUGGUAUAAGACCUGGAGACAAGCUGCUGAGGAUUAAUGACCUGGACACCUCGACCCUUACUAUCCAGCAGGCUCAUGACAUCAUUGUCGAGUCUGGCAUCCAUCUGAAGCUGUCUGUUACAUCGCCUGAUGAUGAAGAAGACGCUUACUACUGCUAUGAGGAUCCAUUAGUUGACGGCUAUGACAGUGAAGAGGAGAGGAGAAAGGAAGAAGAGAAGGCCAAAAAGAGGAGGGUGUGCGCUAGAGUGAGCCACUACUGGAGUUUGCAAUGGCCUUGGGUUAGCAAGAGGAGGCUUAUAUACAGAGAAUCAAACUGUUUUAUGGUGCCCAGCAAAUAUGAAGAUGCUCGCAGGGACAAAUAUCCACCACAGCCAGUACUUCGAUACACCGACGACAUUGUACUUUAUAAUCCGGACGGAGAAACUCAAGAUAAUUCGAAACGUACACCUUCACUAUGGGAAGUUAAACAAAAAACCAGGCAGGAGAGACAAGAACGCUUAAAGAAUGGGUACGCAGCAAGCGAAGUAUCAGAUACUAGUGAUGACGUAUCAGUCACUCAGAAUGAUCAAGACGAGGAACAACAAGAAGCGUUUAGACAAAAGUCCAGAAGGUCAACAUUAAAAGUGGAACGACAAGAAACCAUAGACGAAUCUAAAGAAAACGAAGAGGAAGAGUCAUCUAGAAUAGAAGAUGAAGAAAUGGAUGGAGCAGUAGCUGACGAUGAGAAUGAAGAAAUGAUAGUAAGUGAAAAGGAAGACGUGAACGAAGAUAAGAAUGAAGAAGCAAAAGAGGAAUUAAACGAGGAAAUGACUGAAGCAGGAGAUACCGCAAUGAAAGAAGAAUCUAACGAUGUAGGUCAGAUUCCUGAAGUAACUGAAGAUAAUAAUCAAGUGCCUGAAGAAAGUGAACAGGUUGAAAAUAAGAUAGAUAGUGACAAUGUCGAAAUGGUAAAUGGUGAAGUGAAUGAAGAUGAAAUACUGAAUGAAGUGCUGGGUAAAGCGGGUGACGCAGCGGCGAGGAGUGACGAAGAAAAUAUAUUGGAUAGUAUUUUAAGUGAUGAGGGACAGAAUUUGGAGAAUUCUGAAUCUAACAACGAAAGAUAA